AUGGAUCUACGAGAUGAAGCAUUUUAUGAUUUUAUUCGUCAAAUUUCUGAAAAUCGAGUGGCAGAGCUGCUCGCCUUUCAAAACUGCAAUGGAGUUGACUCAUUUCUUGGAUGUAAAGAAUGUACUGAUGUACUUCGUUUUGAAUCUGAUCAAUUAAAUGACCUUAAAAAGAAUAUGUGCAUUACAUUACGUGACGGAUCCGUUGCUCUUCUACCAGGUCUUGAAUCAUCGAUUAGUAAUCUCAUCAAACUCCUUAAAAGAGCUCCGAGCACCACUUCGUCCAAUCUAGCAAAAACAACUGUACCGACAUACUAUUCGACAAUUCAUACACCUUCACCAU